AUGGAGGCCAUGUUCUUCCGCCUCCUCCUCGCAGAUAUGAGCGCCGUACUUCUCGUCGCCCUGUAUCGCCCUCAGUGGCAAAGCAGCAAGCCCCUCACCUUCCUCACCGACCAGCUGGACACCAUCCUAGCCACCUACGACUGCCUGAGCACAGCCAUCGUGGGUGACAUGAACCAGCAUAUGCCCAGAGGCAGCAUGUCCCUCACAGGGCAUAUAAAGCCGACCCACGCGACCAGCCGUGGCUACGGCCACUCCACGCCCAAUACGGUGCCGGGCAAGAUCUUCACCAUCCUGUACGCAAUGGUGGGCAUCCCGCUGUGUCUGGUGCUCUUCCACUCUAUCGGUGAGCGGCUCAACAAGGUUUCUUCUAUUGGCAUCAGGCAGAUCAAGAAGAUUCUCAAGUGCCAGGACACGAACGCAACGGAGAUUGACCUCAUUCUGGUGGUGACUACCCUCUCCACCAUCACUAUCACCUCCGGGGCCGCCGUCUUCUCCCGCUACGAAAGUUGGUCGUACUUCGACUCCGUCUACUAUUGUGUCAUCACUCUCACUACCAUUGGGUUUGGGGAUAUGGUGGCCCUGCAAAAGGACCACGCACUGGACGACAAGCCAGAGUACGUGGCCUUCGCCCUCAUCUUCAUCUUGUUCGGCAUGGCGAUUGUGGCUGCGUCCCUCAACCUGUUCGUGCUGCGCUUCGUCACCAUGAACACGGAGGACGAGCGGCGGGACGAGGCGGAGGCCCUACAGGCGGCGGCGGGGGCGGUUCGGGUGGAGGGGGACGUGAUCACCGCCAACGGCUCCAUUCUGUCGGGACAGUGUCCCCAGGAAGGUGCUUCCUUCACCGACCUCACCUCCGUCUGCUCCUGCACUUGUGCCUCUUGUGCCCCCUGUCACGCCCUUCCCUUCAGACGCUCCUACAGCUUCAGGAAGCGGUCCAAGUACCUCUCCUACAUCUUGCCGCGGGCGCACCGUCUACGGCAGCAGCGGGAGCAGCAAGUUCAGCGAGAGCUGCAGGUGAUGCGAGAACACGACCAGCAGGUGACACACACCGAGACGCAGGAGGAACUGUGCUCCUCCUCUUCGGAGUGUGAGGUCAUGUCCACUCCUGCGCAGAUUCACAAAAGAAACUCUGUCUAGCUUUUGUCAAGGAGAGCACAGGGGUCGGGGACGCGGUACAUACACGUGGCGGACGAGUCUCAACGUUGGACACUCGAUCAGGUCACUGGGAACAAGUUAGCGCAAGCAAAAAGAGCGAAGUUCACGGAUUAUAUAUAAACGUUAACGAAGUGUUGAACUGCUUCUUCACAAGACUGAGGCAGCUGUUGGUCAGGGAACUUUUUGGCCUCUUGGUGGUGCGGAGCCCUUGGGCAGCCACUGCCGGGUAACUGCGUGCAGGUGUAGGGGGCCAGGCCUCCUGGGAGUGCCUGCCACGCAUAACGGACAAUGCCUGACUAUUGUAAGAUAUCCAGUUCUUAUUUGUUAUAGAUAUCUUCCAGUAUUUACAAUAGGGAGAAUAUUUUUCAUGUUAAUAUUUCGCACGUCACGCCAGGGGUCGAUCGCAGAACUAACUGAAAGCCGUCCUAACCGUUGUAUCUUAACCUAGCGCCUGCGCGGGUCCACAGGCCUGAACGAACGCUGUAUUGCACCAGUGUUAGCUAUUGCCUUUCCUACGUUGUCCAGACGCCCGGAGAGUUCCUUCCUCACUAGCUGUUAUGUCUUUAUCCUGGAUCGGAAUAUGAGAGACAAUUUCGAAGGGAUCGGAAAAGAUGUGGUUGCGUUCGUCCUUUUCUGGGUACAAAAGUGCUUGGGAAUAAUAUGUUAAGCAAAUUCUUCUGUAUCUCUUCAUAAUUACGCAUGGACUAAAAAGUGCUUACUAGAUUUCAUUGUAAUGCACUUUACACGUAGCAGGGAAGGUGUAAAGUGGUGGCCCUUGUGAAUGCAGACAAUUGGACAGGCGAUGGAGCUGCGGCAGGUAGAAUUUUGUUCCUCACUCUCAUCCAUCGACUCGCUGAUUGGUUGACUCCUAAAAUUUAUUAGCUUUAUAAUCUUAGCACACACAAAGUUCAAACUUGUCUUGUUAUGACUGAAGAUUUAUUUAUUAGGGUUACAUGGAGUCCUCAGGUGUAAAGAUUUUUUUUCAACACUCAAGAAUGAAUAUUGUUGUUAUGGACAAUGAAAUGGUCCCUGAUGGAAGAAAACUUUCAAAAUUAUUUGAUUUCAGAGAUCUCAAAAGAUCAUCUGUAACUCAUUGGUGUGAUUCGAAUUUGUGACGCAAAAUUAACUAAAUAAAUUAAUUACAUUUUCAAGUAUCAAAAAAUAAAAUUUUGCAUUUAAACUAACUGGCAAGAACUGUGAUAGCAGAUUUCUGGCAUAAUACAAACAUAAGAGGGCUGACCGGUGUAUAUACUACGCUGUCGCCUUGUUGGCAAGGCUUCAUUUACCUGGAGCGAUGCAAGUGACCUGAUAUUCGAACCAGCCAUUCGGUGCAGCCUCCCAUUAUCACUAUGUCCACAUACAUUACAGCCUAAGCAGUUUUAUGAGCAGAAGACCGAAGACGAAUGCUGCCUUUGUUGGGGUAUUUGCGCAGCGAUUGGUGGCGUCUUUUCUUCUUUCAGUUAAGAGCCGAAAACGUCCAAAGACCCAAAACAAGUGCCCAAACCUGGACAUAUGGCGAUGUUUCCAAGGGAACAAAUUUUGUCAUCAGCCCCUCGCUUCACGAUGCACGUCUUCUAGGUGCUCUCCUGCCCAGCAAGUACAUGUGUGCACAUGUAUCCAGAGACAUCCGCGUCAUUGUGAUUUUACGUCCAAAAAUUAAACACGUAUCAAGGCUUGAUAGAGGGAGGCGUCGGGCGUCAGUUGGGCGCGGAGAGAGAACGUAGAAGGCGAGGAGACGAAUCCAUAUAACGAAUCGUACUUAGCCUUAAAACUAAACGUGCGUUCUUGAAGGUUCCUUUGUUAUAUCGUUUCCUCCCCCUUGUUCUCCCGGCGGUGAAUGGAGCGUGAGAGCAGACCGAGAGGCCGAGCGUGGAAGUUUGUUAGCGAGAAUUUUUAGUCGAGUCUUUGUCACAGCGCCGGGCUUAUAUGGGGGGAUGCCUCCUCCCACCUCACAAAGUUUCCCUCACUUGCUAGCUUAACUAGAUGUGUUUAAGGGCUGAACAAUGCCGCUUGUCAGUAAUGCAGUCCGUACGGUCACUUAUACUUGGCGGUUCAAAGUUUUGAGUGAACUUUUCGGGAUAUAUGCCAGGCUCCUCGGGCGAGCCACGUGGAGAUUGGUUUCCGUUUAAACAAAACCGUAUUUUGUACACAGUUCCGACAGACCGAUGAUUUCCUGCUAAAUAACAUUACAUUAUAAUCCAGGUAUCUAAAGUGUCCUUAACUGGAAAUGAACUUUCGCUGAUUAACAUAAGUUAAUUUCAACAGAGAAUGUACUGAACGACAGAUAUAACUUAACAGCUGAACUAUGAGGAGAAUUAUUUAUUUACUGAUGUCCCUAUGAAAACGUCAAUAAACCAUUUCUCGUCAAUGAACACGCUGACUUCACUAAACGAAGUGAUGGUUCUGUUACUACACUGCUUUCUUUUUUAUAUAAUUUCCACACUAGUCAUCGAAGGGAAGGCUGCGCAGACUGCCGGCAGCUGUCGCCGCGGUGAUCCCGGCAGAGGCGCCGGUGGGCGGUGGGCGCCACGGGGUUGUUGUUGUUGUUGUUGUCAGCCUGUGACAGGGACUCGUCAAGGCCACACGUCGAAAAUAAAAGUCACUAUUUUCUUGUUGCUUGCAAUAUAAAUUAGCCUCUUUCUUCCUAUUGCUUACGUACAGAGUUUCACAUAAAAGUGAUAUAGUUGUUCCGGAGGAGGAACAUAUAUUGUAAUGAUAAUUAAUGAUUGAUAAUUAUAGAAAUAAUAAUAAUGAUAGUAAUAACAAUAAUAUUAUACUUAUCCUUAAAGAUUAAUAUUUUGAUAUCGUUAGCUUGAACUUUUAAUAUGCACUUAACAGUAUUUGCAAAAGAAUAUUCAUGGAAUAGUCUUACAAUACUAAUUUCUACAACAUGAACAACACUGGCGUAAAAAAAAAAAAAUCAUCACAACACACACAGGAGUCACGACACCCUCACACAGGGGCAUCCUGUGGCCACCAUGGACGUCAAUCAGUAGUGCUUCACUAACGUGUUAGUUAGUCACAUCGAAAUUACAAUGCACACAGCAACAAAACCUUCAGGUAGGCUAAAUUCAUCACGGAUGGAUUAUCGCUCAGCUCGUCGAGGUAACGCCGGCAACGAGCCGGUUCACUGAUAGCGGCGGGGUUUCACUGCUUUUCCUUGAUGACGAAGCCUUGGAACGCGACGAGAGAGUCAGCACCGGCAGCAGCAGCACGCGCGGACCUCCUCCUCAUCGUGCCCUUCACAUCCUUGCGGCUCCUUAUUCUUCACCGUGAGGACUUUUUUUGUUUUUUUGUUACUCCAAUAAGGAAUUUCCAACUUUCGACCCGGGCAAGGGGACAAAUUUUCGACAGUCAGGAAGCUAAGAGAAAUAUAAGUUCAGUAUCUUUUCUCCUAUCAAGGCUAUAUAUUUCUAGCCAUCUGUAUCUAUUUGUAAUAAACUCAUUUCCCUUU